AUGUUAAUCGCUAAACAUUAUGAUAGGGGUAUAAAUAAAAAUGAAAUAGUUUUCCUCGAUAGUAUGCGUGGGGAAAUGUUAUUGAAUUAUACAGUGAUGUAUCGAGGUGACAGUGAUAAAGAUAAAGAAUUGGAAGUUGAUUAUUCUUCUAUUGAAAAUGAAAAGUGCUCACCAAAUUUUUACAAUGAUCAAUCAGUUGUAGUAACAGAGGCAGUGGUAGUAGCAGCAGUGAUCGUAAGUAGUGGUAGCAACCGCAUUGGUAAUGCUUGGAUCAUUCAUUAG